UAAUUUUUACUCUGUCUUGAAAUAUUACUUUAUAGAGCUACACAGUGUAUUUUUUAUAAAUGUUUGUGGUGUUUUAAUUUGUAUUCUCCCUGUUGACCUUGAUCCUUCCAGUUUAACAGACACAGAACAGUAUGAAGAAGCAGUACGGGAUUAUGAAAAGGUUUACCAGACAGAAAGCACAAAAGAACACAAGCAGCUGCUUAAGAACGCACAGCUGGAACUUAAGAAGAGCAAAAGGAAAGAUUACUACAAAAUACUGGGAGUGGACAAGAAUGCAUCAGAAGACGAUAUAAAGAAAGCUUAUAGAAAAAGGGCAUUAAUGCACCAUCCAGACCGACAUAGUGGGGCCACAGCAGAGGUUCAGAAAGAAGAAGAGAAAAAAUUCAAGGAGGUGGGAGAAGCCUUCACAAUUUUAUCUGAUCCUAAAAAGAAGGCACGGUAUGACAACGGGCAGGACCUGGAAGAAGAUGGCGUAAACAUGGGAGACUUUGAUGCCAACAAUAUCUUCAAGGCUUUCUUCAGUAGUCCCGGAGGCUUCAGUUUUGAAGUUUUUAACAGCUAGACAGCACUAGUUCAU